CGAGUUGCAUUGCAUUGCUGCGCAGAAGCACGCAGUGCCAAUCCACGCGAAGCUUCUUGCGUUCAUGAAAUGCAUAAAACGCGGCAGAAUUAGUCCUUUAUAUGUCACUACACACUGUAGCGUCCUGGGAAAAAGGUUCGGAUAAGCACGUGUUGUGUUGUGUGAUAAGUAUCCCUCUAGCAUGAAUGUAAAUUGUCACUGUUUAUUCACUAGAGCGUUAACAGUUCACACGACUGAAGCUUGUCAUACUGUUUUAAAAUCGUUCCCGGUUUGAAUAACCACAACAAAAGUGUCUCAACAGUGUUUCUUAUUUAGUGCGUUUAUACGCUUAUUUUUAAGCAUGCAUUUAUUAAACGUCUCUGCUAACACAUUUUAUUCAUCGCACCGUAAAGUCUCAUCGUGUGUGAUUGCAUUGUUUAUGUGUUGUCGAUAACACAUCGUCCCAGCACUGUGUCUUUAGCGAAAUUAGUGACGGUUUGUGCCUGAAAAGUAGCAUGUCACUAUGGUGCACUACACUAUAUUGCUUUCUGUGCGUGUGUGAAUGUUUUAUCACUCAUUGGAUUAGGCCACAAGAAGAGGCUGAAGACGUUGGUUCCUCUCCCGUCGGCUGCUACACAUCGUCAACAAACGGGUCUCGAGGCACUGCAACUCGUAGAACUGUAAGAGCGGCAGGACCGAGCGGGAGGCGAUGCGUUUCUUCCGCAGUGCCCGAAACCUGCGUAAAGUACACAAGUGGUGCGCCGUCAGCCCCCACGUCAUCGACGUGCUCUGCGACAAAUGCCAGAGACUCGCAGAUCUCCGCCUGCACGCCGCCCAGAAGCUCGGCUAUUCGACGGUGAAGAACUCGGUCGAGCAGUGCUCCGAGAUACACGUGCUGACGGCACCCGACGAGCUGCUGAAGACCGAGAAAUUUUCACAGGCGGUGUCGCGUCUGCAGCACCUUCGUGUGCUGUGUCUGCAAGAGAGAUACGUGGGGACGACUUGCGUCCUGCGUCCUUGUGUGCUGAGACCUUUGGGUGACGGGUGCCCCCGACUGGUCGAGAUUGACUUCGGAUGUAUGUCUGUCGAUACGGAUGAUCUGAAGUACUUUCUGAAUGCCAAGAAGAACACCCUAAAGUGCUUACGAAUAAAGUGGUCGGUGGGUGGAACGAGGCACGUCAUACCGUUGCUGCCGGUAUAUGCCGACAGCUUGGAACGUCUGGAACUUUAUGAGUAUGACAUAGUCCGCAACUCGGCCAGAGAGGCAUUCACUACCGUCGGAAGCUUGAAGCACUUGCGGGAACUCAGGAUGUCCGUCCCCGAUCGAAUACCGCCCGGAACAGCUGCUCUGGCUUUUACGAAUGGAGGACUGCCACAACUGAAAGUGCUGGAUCUACCACACGGAUACGGUGUGGAAGAUAACACAGUAAUUGCCAUCAGCCACGGAUGUCCCGGUUUGCGGCAGCUCUCCGUCACUCACGCUACGAAGCUGUCGCCUGCUGCCUUCUCGGAGAUCGACCGUCUAGAACAUCUUGAAAUACGAAUGGAAAAACUGGUAGAAGCCGACCUUGGGGAAGAUCAGUUUGGAUUCCGUAGAAAUGUUGGAACACAUGACGCAAUACUGACCCUACGACUUAUCUUAGAAGAAAUAUUAAGACUAGAUGUGACAGGUUGUAGCAGACUCGGCGGAGGCCUAUUCCCCUGCCUCGUCGGGCUACCGCGACUUCACACUUUGCGAAUGGGUACCGUGUAUUUCGGUACCACGUAUUUUACAGAGUUGCAGCCAGGUGUGAGCAGCAUCCUCAAAUUGUCAGGUUUGCGCUGUCUGACAUUCGAUUAUUCGGAUGUUACUGGAGUGCCUUUUGAUAAGUUUCCGGAGAAUCUCAUCAGUCUCAGGGAGCUGAGUGUCGAAGGGUGCCGAGGUGACCCCAGAGCCACAGACGGGCUGACCGAGCAGAUGCCCAAUCUCGUGAUCCGCGGCACGGUCCACGCUGAGCUGCAGCCUUUCUACUUCGAGGCACUCGAGGAUGUAGGGCCCGGCGAAGCAGACGAAGCGGUGGACGACCGUUCGGAGAGUGACGAAGACGGCGACAGUGAUAGUAGCGUCGGCGGCAGUGACAGUGAGAGAGGUUGAGAGCACUAUAUCUGUAUGUAUAAAAAUGAUGUGAAAUUUAUAGGAAAGUACAAUUCUCAGUACUUGUCAACAUAAGCGGAAACUGUUUUGAAGGAAUAUAACAAAUAAUUUUAGAAAUGUGUAGAAGAAACAGUAAUGUUGUUUGAAUACCUGCUGUAAUAAUCUGCAAUAAUGUUUGAUUCUUGUUGUAACAACAAUGGAUUCACAAUGAAACAAAUUUUUUAAAUGAUAAAAUGGCUACACAGAUCAGGUAGCAAUUCAUAAAUAGCACUGACAAUGAUUUUUGCAGUAAGUCGAAUUUAAAAACUUCUUUGUUUUUAUAAACCUGUGAAACAAUAAUAAAUGAGGACUGCUACCUUGUUAUUUUAAGUGUUAAUUAUAUUUAUCAGGAUACUGCUAGAUACCAUUUUUAAAUAUUAAAUUUCAUUUGGAGGAACCACUUUGUGAUUAAAAUACACGACAGACUCUUUUACGAAUGAACCACACAUCACUAGUGUAAUACUGUACAGCAUUUAUUAUUUGUUACACAAACCAGUUUUUGGCUGAUAAGUCACUGUCGGGUAUGACGAUAAGUAAGUGGUAAAGUGAAAUUGGUUGGAUCAAAGAUUUUGAAGUAGUGCAUCUAAAGAGAAUUUCUGUUUCCAGAGGUGAAAAAAAAUUAAUGUUACAAGAAGGAACAAAUAAAGGAUUAUUUCAGUGUAAAUGUGGUGUAAGAUUAUUUAAC